AUGCAGAAAAUACCCCCCGCGACCCUGAUAGAGUGUGAGGAGUAUACUAUCACCGGUUCUUGAAUUCCCUUCCCGCAAGUAUUGCAACGACCUAUCAAUUUCUAACAGGAUAGACUAGGCGGCAUCAAGAUAGUUGAUAGAUGGUUUCGCACGGCGCUUGACUAUUCGAAUCCAGGGGCGGCUGAGAUUACCUUGUUCGCUAGGAACGCGAUGCCGAAUAAGAAGGGGAGCGCGGAGUGCGGGGCGGGAUUGCCGUAUUGUGGGUUGUUCCAGUUCCAACUUCUUGGCGAGCGGCCGUGGAGCCCGACUUUAUUACUAACAAAAAAUACCCGAAUAGUUCUGUACCUGCAAGGUCUGUACUCCAUCACUCACCCACCCACUACUAAAUCAACGUCACUGGAAUAAAUCUAAAAAAUGAACAGGUGGUCCCGGCUUUGAAUGCGUUCCUCCGGAAAAUCACCCACUGACAAAUUUCCUUUUCGACAAGGGGUUCCAAGUCCUGUACCUCGACCAGCGCGGAACGGGUAUGAGCUCGCCGGUAUCGCCCCGCAUGCUCCAAGGUGAUAGUGGAAAGGAGCGGAGUUUAGAGGCGCAGGUGGAGUAUGUGAAGCUUUUUAGGGCUGAUAACAUCGGUUUGUUUCCGUCGCUGGCUUGCCAAACCGGAUGGGCUAACGGGAUGGGGUGGGUAGUGAGAGACUGCGAAGCAGUUCGUCAUGCACUGCUUGGGCGGAAAGAAAAGGAGGAGGACAGGAAAUGGGGUGUUAUCGGUCAGAGCUUUGGUGGAUUCUGCGCGGUCACGUAUCUCUCGUUUUAGUAAGUUUAGUCCUAAUAAAUUCUACACUCUUUUCUGGAGUUAACUGAUGGAUAUGUUUGAAGUCCUGGAGGUUUGAGGGAGGGUAUGUGUGGAUCAUUCUGUCGCAGUCAUUGAUUUUGCAGUAGUAGGCUAAGCUGAAGUGUUAUAGUCUUCACAACGGGCGGAAUGCCACCGCUCGUGAGCAACCCGGAUGAGGUAUACAAAGCGCUGUGGGAACAGGUGAAGUUGAGAAAUCAGGUUUACUACGAAAAGUACCCACUUGAUGUUGAACGGGUUAAGAAUAUUCUGAGGUACUUGAAAGGGGAAGAAGUGCGGGUUCCCAACGGCGGGCGUCUUACGCCGAGGAGAUUUUUGGGGCUGGGGUUGGCUUUUGGUGCCCACGGUAAGUCCUCUUUACUCUUUGUGGGAAUUUGCUGAUAAGUGUAUGCUAGGUGGGAUUGAUGGAGUGCAUCGUAAACAUCUUUGCCCAUGGGAGGUAUUGGAGAUAGUGGACUGAUAAUUGGCAGAUCUUGUACAGCGCGCGCAUACUGACCUAAGAGUCCUCGGCCAUCUUUCCUAUAAAGUGCUUCAAUCCAUCCAGGGAAACCAAAGCUUUGACGGAAACGUCUUGUACGCACUUGUUCACGAGCCGAUAUAUUGUCAACAGUACAUCCGCCCUCCCUACCCCUUUAGGAUCUACUGACAACUUGCACAGUCGCGCUGCUGACUGGUCCGCAUUACGCACGAGGCCGCAUGAUCAAGAAUUUUAUUGGGCGCAGGGUCUUGGGCGGAAAGGGCAACCGGUGUACUUCACCGGCGAGAUGGUCUCAUCCCCUUCUUCCCUUUCCUUCUGCACUCGCAAGCACUCACAUCGAUAGAUUUUCCCCUGGACCUUCCAAGACUACGCCGAACUCUCAAAGCUCGAAUUGGUAGCUAUGAUCCUCGCCAAAGAUGCGGAAUGGCCAUCCCUCUACUCCGAAGAUGCACUGGCCAAGAACGAAGUGCCGGUUUAUGCAGCAACGUACAUGGAGGAUAUGUAUGUUGACUAUACACACGCGCGUAGGACUGCGGGAAAGAUUCGCGGGACAAAGGAAUUUGUCACGAAUGCUCUGAUGCAUAAUGCGGUUAGGGCUAGGAAUGAAACGGUUAUGGGGGAGCUGUGGAGGUUGAGGUCCGGAGAGGUUGAUUAAAUUAGAUGGAGGGUGUUGAUGUUUGAGGUGGUAGAGGCUUGGUCUUCGGUACUUUGUUUGGUCGUGCGAUUAAAAGCUUGUUCGUGCGAUGGAGGUUGCUUUGCUGAUUGCUAGUUGCUAACUUAGAUGGAAUAAAAGUUUUGAGGGUGCGGGUACAAAUGGGAGAAUGUGAAUAGCCCUGAAUACCCUGGGUGAGGGGAUGGUAUUAUACUUUAUCGGUUAGGGAAUAUCUCGAGUGACAUCGCGGAGAGGGCCGAUAGGGGGGGUUCUUCAAGCGAGGUAAUUCGUGUUGGCUUUCCCGCUUGCAGAGCAACACUGUGGCUUCGAAUCCCCCCCUUGCUUGGAGACUGAUGUUGCCACAAGAUGGCUUGUUCGCUCGCUUGCAAAUACCGAAAAAGUUGAUUAUCCGUAUUGUUGGUGAAAAACCCCGUGAUGGUCGGUGAAAGCGUGAGUGCAGAAAGCCGUCCGCCCGCGAAUCCCGGCCGUUUCCCGAACAAUAAUCCGGGCGGUUCUCCUAUCUUCUGCCGAUCUACUGGUACCA